AUGUCGUCUUUCGGAGCAAAGAAGGUUGUGAGAACCUACUCGCGACAAACAAAGCGCCAACUCUACGAUGAGGAACCGCCCACCAAACGAAGACGCGUCGAGACCACUAUCGAACACACCAAAUCCACAGCCUUAACGUCACUCGGUGCUGCUCCCACGGUCGUCGUAUCGUCUCUUGAACGCGGAAGCUCUACCCCUCCUCCAUCCAGCCCGAAAGAUUCGCCCGCAGUCUUCUCAGACGAACCGCCUCAGUCUAGUCCACCGUCGUCCCCAGUCUCACGCAGCUCGCCGCCGCCCGUUCAGAAACGGCGGCCGGUCUUCUCGAUAUUCAAGAAGCAACUCAAGCCUAGAGCGCCCGUCAAAGAAGCCCUUGUAGAACAGAGCCACAAUGCGCAAAGCUCGCCAAAGCCAGCGCCUAAGAAGAAGCAGAUGGUGCAGAUGCAGUUAGACUUGGCGUCAGAGACGCGGAAAACGUGUAAAACAUGUGGGAUGCAAUAUAUACCGUCGCACGCUGAGGACGCGGCGCUACACAAGAAGUUCCAUGCGAUGAAUCUUGGUGGAGUGGACUUCACCAAGCCAGUCGUUGAGCGCUUUAGGAAGAAUCAAAUAUGGAGUGGUGAGGGGGGCUUUAUUGCUGUGGUCGGAAGGAAGGAUACACUGGCGCUGCGCAACCGGGCCAGCGACGUGCUGAAGGUCGUGAAUGCCGAGCUUGCAGCUGUUCCAAUAUCAGACGAUGAGCUUUGGGUACAGACCAACCGGACGGCCUGUGCAGACGCGACUGAAAGAAGAACUGCGAGUUCGAAACAGCAGUCCUCAUUGAAGAGUGAAGCAAACGUGCCCCUUGUCGAUCGAUUCAAGAUAUAUCUAUACAUCCGAGGCAACAAGUGCGUAGGAGCAUGCCUGGCGGAGCGUAUUUGGGAAGCCUAUAGGGUCUUGAACCCCACCACUUCACUCGAGCAGGAAGAUGGAGAUGCUGUCGUGUCGCAGAGCUCUUCUAUUUCUAUCAGCACCGAUUCGGAUCCAGUGACCCUGGGCAUAUCGCGUAUAUGGACUUCGAAUCAGCACAGAAAGAAUGGUAUUGCUACCAGACUGUUAGAUUCCGUAAGAUCCGACUUUCUCUAUGGGCUAAACGUCGACAAGGCCAAAGUCGCUUUUAGUCAACCGACGGAGAGUGGAGGUAACUUGGCGCGAAAGUGGUUUGGCUGCCAGGCUGGAUGGCAUGUGUAUGUCGACUAG